AUGCCUGCCAUCCUGAUCGUCGGCGCCACUCGGGGCCUUGGCGCAAGCUUGGUCAAGCUGUACGCAUCAGACUCGAACAACUACGUGUAUGCUACAGCGAGGUCAUCCGACCCUCCCGCAAACAGCAAGAACGUCGCGUAUAUCUCCGGUAUCGACAUUGCGUCGCCUGAUGCUGGCAGCAAGAUUGUUCGCUUUUUCAACACCAAAGGAAUCUCUAGUUUGAACACUGUGAUCAUAACUGCUGGCUACUUCGCGACAGAGAGCCUUGAACAGCCCUCGUUCGAAGCGCAGGAACGCAUGUACCGGACUUGCGCAAUCGGUCCCACCAUCCUUGUCACCACUCUAGCAAACGGGACUAAGGACCUCCUGGGCAAGGACUCAAAGGUAGUCUUUGUAUCGUCAGAAAGCGGGAGCAUAGCCCUCAGGCACGAUAAAGAAGGCGGCGGCAACUACGGACACCAUGCCAGCAAGACGGCGUUGAACAUGUCCGCCAAGCUGCUAAGCCUGGACUUGAAGGACCGAGGCGUGGCGAUUGCAACAGUACACCCAGGUUUCAUGCGUACAGAAAUGACCAAGGGAGUCGGAUUCGACAAGUUCUGGGACGAAGGCGGUGCUGUGAUGCCUGAUGUUGCGGCCAAGUCGCUUGCCGAGUGGAUCGAGACAUUCGACAUCAGUAAGACCGGCGAGUACUGGGCGCCACGAGGACCACGCGAUAUCGGUACGGCUGAACCAGUGCUUGGCCCAGUCGACAAGCUUCCUACGCCCCUGCAACUCCCCUGGUAG